UGUUGUUGAGACUCCAGACCUGUGAGAGCACCGAGUGCAUAUAUCUGUAGUCAAACAAUAUAGUUGAAAAUGACGUCCUCUCUGCGAUGUCUCUGUUCCAAGAAACAUAUUUUUGACACAUUAAGAACACCAUACCAUGCAGCCGUUUCCCUCCAGUUUGUUAGAUGGAGAAUGCACAGAGGAGUCCCCCGACCUUUGCACAAACUCGAAAAGAAGAUCGGGCCGAAAAUCAAUGUAGAAGAUGAGUAUGAAAAAACGUGGAAAAGGGAAAUGCAUAAAAAAUACAGAUCACAGAUGAAUGCAUUGAGGUCAGAGAUCGUUCGUGAUACCUUACAUUGGUUAGGCAUGAAUAAGGUGGAACACUUAAUGGCCAGUCAGAAAACCCAAAUGGCGGAAUGGGAAGAAAGUCACAAGUUAAAUGACUUGUGGAAUGCUGAAAUUGCAAAACAAAGGGAGGAGCGAAUGAUGAAAGAACGUAGAAAGGUUGAAGCAGCUAAUUAUCAAAAGAUGGUAGUGGGAUUAAGGAAGCGGGAAAUCAGAAGAGAAAUGGCAGAAUCUUUCUUGGGGGAAUAUAGUUCUAUGAUCACCCCGGAUAACCUGGAUGAAAAAAUAAGGGAGGCCUUAGAUGCCCAAGUCCAACAUAGUAGACCAUUGGAUAAUGAAGGCAAACCAGAGCCCAUCAUGAUGGACAUGCUCUACAAUCAGGUCCCUGAAGAUGAGACUUGGAAGGCAGACAGUGAGGAGAGAGAAAAAGACCUCAGUGAAGACCCAGAUGAUAACGAUGCUUCAUACUUAGACUCUGACUUGGGGGAAGAAAUGGAAGGUAUGGAUGUGGAUGCUAUAGAAGCAGAGGAUUUUAAUCAUGGAGAUGAAGCAGAAGAAACAAAUGAUGGUCAGGACAAAAAAUCAUGAUUAGAAACAUUUGAAGGCCUUUUUUUGAACAGUCAUUGAUUUGAAUUACUGUACACCCGAGUUCUAUAUUUUUUUAUAUCUUAUCUUAAUACAAACCCUAUACCACAUGAAUUAGAUCAUUUGAAAAGCUUUAACAUACACAAUUCAAGAGCUAACUUUUUAUAAUAGGUUGCAUGGGAUGACAUGUAGUAUUUCUAAUUUGUCACUUCUAACACCACUGGACCUUUUAUAUAUGAUCAGAUGGUAAGCACCUUAAACCCCUUUGAGGCUGAAUAUUUAAAUAUACCUAAGUUCAUUUAUAUUUCAAUAAUUUUUGAAAAGUGAAACAUUGAAGUUGAGAUCAGAGCAAAGCUGUUACAACAAAAUGUCAGCCGAGUUGCAGGAACAAAAUAAAAAUGAUUAUAUAGUUGUA